ACUGAACCGUUUGAAUGCAAUUUAACAAUUUGUUUCCAGAGUCUACUAAAGCCAAACGCCUAUAUUGUUACUCAAGGGCCCACGGAAGAAACGGUUACAGACUUUUGGAGAAUGGUUUGGUCAGAGAGAGCCAGUUGCAUAGUUAUGCUCACAAAAACCUUUGAUUUCAUCAAGGUAAUGUGUGUUCAAUAUUGGCCAGCUUCGAAACAGAUAGAAGAAGUUUAUGGUGAUUUAACAGUUUCUAUAGUUCAAGAAGAGGAACUAGCUAAUUUCCACAUACGGACAUUUAGACUAAGAAGAAAGGAAUUCGAAAAUGUGGUGGAAGAAAGGCUGAUCUUGCAAUUUCAUUUCACAGAAUGGCAUAGUCAUACUUGUCCGUUUAUUAAUGCUAUACUUGAAUUUCGUAGAAGAGUUAGGGCUGUUGUUGGGCACAGAAUAAAAUCUAAUGAAGCAGGACCUAUACUCGUCCAUUGCAAUGACGGUGGGGGGCGAUCAGGAGUUUAUCUUGCCAUCGAUGCAAAUCUGGAACUCGGCGAAGAGGAAGAUGUUUUCGACGUUUUUGGAUAUUUGAAAAAAUUACGGCAAGCACGGAAAGGAUUAGUGGAAAAUAUUGACCAAUACAAAUUCAUAUACGAUACUUUAGAGGAGCACGUAACCUGUGGGAAUUCGUGGUUCCCCGUAAGUGAACUUUCUCAAAGACUGAAGCAAAAAUCGGUAAAGGAUCCCGUUACAAAAAUGAACGAGUACCAGAGGGAAUAUUUACUGAUAUGUAAACAGACCCCCAGAUUCACCAUUGGCGAUUGCGCCGGAGGGCAUCGCGGGGACAACAGGAAAAAGAACAGGGAUGUCCUUAUUGUUCCGCCUGACAAUUUCCGUCCUUACUUAACGUCAUUCCAAGGAAACAGUUUUACUGACUAUAUUAAUGCAGUAUUUGUGGAUGGUUACACGAAGCCCAGGGAGUAUAUAGUUACAGAAUGGCCUGUAAAAAUGACGUUGGGUGAAUUUUGGUCUUUGGUAUAUGAUUAUGAAUGUUCAGCUGUUGUUGUCUUAUGUGUUCCACCCCAUAAUUCACAAACGUAUCCAUCAUUUUGGCCCGAGGGUAGAACAUCAAAAAAGUACGGCCCUGUAUUCACGAUAGACCACAUUUCUCAUAAUCACUACACGAAUAUUAAGACAUGGCUUUUCAGAAUAAACAAAAAGAUCGUCUCUUUAACCGAAUUAAUGGCUGGGGUGAAAGCUCCCCCUCGAACUGUUCAGUUAUUCCAGUUGACCUGUUGGCCUAUGGGUCACAAAGUACCCACUUCAACGAAUUCUUUAGUGGAAUUAAUGAACAUGGUUGAGAGGUGGAGACAAAGAACUGAUUACGGACCUGUGUGCGUUGUAUCACAGGAUGGAAGGAGUAGAUGUGGGGUUUAUUGUGCCGCAAACGCUUGUAUAGAACAAGUGGUCCAACAUGGGGAAGUCGAUAUUUUCCAAGCAGCAAGAACUGUGAGAAGGCACAGGCCUCAACUGAUAGAAAACAUCACUGAAUAUAAAUAUUGCUAUGACCUGGUGUUACAUUACGUACUCCAUUAUCUCAACAAAGAUUUGAAAGAGAAAGCUAAUAAAGAUGUGAAAGAAAAGGGGCCUAGCCAAUCUGGACAUUCAAAUGGCCAAAAUAACGACAUGGCGCACACGAGCAGUCAACAGCAACUGAGUAAUGAAUCUGUUCAACACCUUUAUCAAAUCGAUCAAUCAAGUAAUCAAAUGAAUCAAUUGAAUUUUAACGGUAACAUUCAAGUUGAUAAUAGUGACCAUCAAAAGGACCGACAAAACGGACUUUCUCAACAGGGUUAUUACCACCUCAACAAUACUGAUCAUAGGGUGAAAAAUUAAACGUAAUUCCUCCCAUAAUUAAGUUGUGUACUUAAUUGUAAUUAUUAUUAUUAUUAUUAUUGUAAUAUUAUAUUUGAAUGAAACGUAAUUGUCUAUACAAAUAAAUGUACCUACCUAUUGGUAAAAUUAUAUUUCUACCAUGAAAAUACUAUUUAUGAAUAUAUA